AUGAAUCAAUCUUUCUUCCAAGAAGCCGCCCGUCUCAACAAUGAGGGUGUCACAGCUCUUGCUGAGGGUGAUGAAGAGACCAGCAUCAAACGUUUAACGACCACAGUCAAGAUGAUGAAGCAAUUCAUCGCUUUGCCCGAUCAAGCAGAAGCAUUGGCCUCUAGCUCGGAUGAAUCUUCGUCCUGCCUCCGAAGCUUUUCCACUGUAGAAAUUGCUCACGCUGCAUGUGAUGAACAAGUCUUCUUUCGCCAAGCAAUCUUGAUGCCCUCCGACAUCGACGAGUCUUCGCCAUUGGAUGUCUUCGUUUACUCUGCUGCAGUCAUAUUCAAUUUGGCACUCGUGCAUCACAUUCAAGGGUCCAAGAACAAAAGCGCCCGAUCCAAGGCUCAGAAGCUAUACGCUGCCAUCAUGAGGCUUCUCGGUGAUCGGGUUGGGCACAUGCAACUGUCUCUGUUGCUCAAGCUUGCAUGCAUCAAUAACAUGGCUCACAUUCGAUACGAAAAUGGUGAAUUUGAUCAGGUACAAGAUGGUCUUGGUCAACUUUCAACUCUAUUGAAGACUACGGAUCAAUGCCUCUUCAAAGGAGCAGAAAUACAAAUGUUGUUGAUGAACGUCCUGUUCUUCAAGAAACCCGAUAUUGCACCUGCGGCCUAA